AUGGAGAUAAUUAUAACAGCAGCUGUUAUAAUUGUGGUGGCUCACCUCGCCUUGGGACUGCUACUGUGGUUUAGGGUGCGCAAUCUAUAUUCUUAUCCUGGGCUUCUGGGUUUCCCUGUUUUCGGAAACCUCUACUACUUCUACAAAACCCUGUUCUUAUUAUGGAUGGAUACUAUGGAAAAAGACAUGAUCGAUGUUACUGAAAAAUAUGGAAAGGACGGCCUAUGCUUCCACUGGACUUAUGGUUCUAAGCCUACGGUGAUAGUCUCAGGUCCUCAAGUCGUCAAAGAAAUAGGUUAUCAUCCCAGUGUGUCUCAUAAAUCAGACAUAAUGUACAGAGGGUUUCUUAACUACCUGCAAGGGCCUUUCACGAACUCACGUUCUGAUGAUUUAUGGAAACAGAAGAGGAAAGAAUACAAUACUGGUUUGAAGAAAUCGCAUAUUGAUAACGUCUUCUGUAAUAGCUUCAAUAAAAGCGCCGAUAAACUGAUUGAUUUGAUGUUAGCUUCAGCCUCUUCUGUAGAUACUCUAUAUGAAACAAUUAGUAUAGUACAAAACGUCACUUUAGAAACCUUUAUUGGUGUUGAAACCAGUUUAGCGUACGACCCCCAUAUUACCAACUUAAUGACUGUUCUCUUGGAUAUAGGAUCAUUUAUUCUAGCAAACCCCAGAUUAUCAGGAAUUGUGUUAACUAUACUGAAACGGAUAGAUGAAAUAGUCUUCAAAAAAAUUAAGGAGUUGCGAAAUGUGGUUGUGGAAGAGAUAGAUAGAAAAUCCAAGUCUGAACAGUGUUAUCUACCAGAACAGUCUAUUUUAACUCAAAUGAUAUCAAGAUCUAUUAAAUGUAAUGGAACCAAAAAAGAAUGGAAUCCAAUGGAAUUAAAAACCGAGAUACAGGAAAUUUUCGCAACAUCUUCGCAAACUGUCGCUUCUGCAUUAUCCAGCUCAAUAAUAUUUUUAGCAGUUCUACCUGAGAUUCAAGAAAGAGCUUGGCAAGAACAAUAUGAAAUAUUUGGUAAUGAUAAGAGAGACCCUUCAAUGGAUGAUUUAAAACAGAUGGCAUUUCUUGAUAGGUUUAUAAAAGAAUCCCUGAGACAUGUGGCUCCUCCAUUCUUUGCGAAAUUGGCAUCAGACAAUAUAAAUAUAAAUGGAAUAACAAUACCUAGAGGUACUAAUAUAGUGUUCCUAUCUAGGUACCUGAGAAUGGACCCAAAAUACUGGAAGAAUCCCAAAGAUUUCGACCCAGAUCGCUUUCUGGAAGAAAGUGGGGCAAUAAAAUAUUCUUAUGCACCAUUUGGAAUUGGUAUAAGAAGCUGCCCAGGCAUGUAUUAUGCAACAGCAUUGAUGAAAAUUACAUUGUCAAAAAUAAUUAGAAGACUUAAACUUAGACCAGCUCAAAAAGGAUUACGAUUCGAAGAUAUUAAAUAUAAGGCUUGUCUUAUGGUAGAAGUGGAAAAUCCUCCUAAGCUGGAAGUUGAAGAAAGAACUUGAUAUUUUUUUUCUUAUAAUUUAAAUUUGUAUUUAUUAUAAAUAAGUUGAAGUAGACUAUCAACAGAUAGUCUAAACAUUGUAAAAUAUGAUUAGAAAUAUGAUAUUGUUAUUUUUAAUUUAAUUUUAUUAAAUAUAUAAUUCUAAGAAUUUUUUGUUUGAUUACUUAGUUUGAAAAGAUAAGAAGUUUUUCUCUAAGAAGCUUGUUUUAGGCAAAUAAAAGCAUUAGCUGGCCAUUCUUUCUCUGAUUUCGAUAUCUAUCCAUCUGUUCUCAUUUAGAUGGGCUCCCAGAUAGAAUAAAAUAGAAAAGAAAAUUGAACUUUCUCUGAGACUAAGUCCUCUUAGAAGAACAAUAAUGAACAAAUACAACAGAAAAUACACAUCUGGCCAAAAACUAACUUAAUAA